CUUGUGGACUCCCUGCAGCUCUUUAAGUGCCCGUGCCCUGCUCUGUCCCCAGGUGCUGCUGCUCCAGGUGAAGAUGCCGAGGUGGCCGCGGGGACGAACGGGAAGGGGAGCCCCGAGGAGGCCCCCAAUCCAGUCCUGUUCCUGAACAGCACAGCCCCUGGGGAAUCCCAGCGUUCCACGCUCCAGAGCGUGAUCAGCGGGGUCGGGGAGAUGGACAUCGAGAAGGACUCUCCGAAGAAGGAGGACACCCAGGCCAAGGACCUGCCCUAUCCAGACUGUCCCUUCCUGCUCCUGGACGUGCGGGAUCGGGACGCCUACGACCAGUGUCACAUCGUGGGAGCUUAUUCCUACCCUAUUGCCACGCUGUCCAGGACCAUGAAUCCGUACACAAACAGUAUUCUGGAAUAUAAAAACGCCCACGGGAAGAUCAUCAUCGUGUACGACAACGACGAGCGCUUGGCCAGCCAGGCGGCCACCACCAUGUGCGAGAGGGGCUUCGAGAACCUCUUCAUGCUCUCCGGGGGCCUGAAGGUCCUUGCACAGAAGAUCCCAGAGGGAUUGAUCACGGGCACGCUCCCGCUGUCCUGCCAGGUCCCAGCUCCCCCGGGAUCCACCCGAAGGAAAACCUCUCCCAGAGUCCCUCCCACACGGGCUGAGAACAAGUGGAGGUUCUCUGCAGAUGAUCUCCAGAAGCUGAAGUACUACCUGGAGGAGGAGCACAUUCCUUUGGACACUGCCAGCCGCCUGAGCCGUGGCAUUUCCAGCCGGGAUUCCAAGCCCACGUCCAUGAGGAGCAGCCCCAACCUCCACGGCUCCAACGCGGGAUCCCUCAGCUCCCGCACGCUCAGCAGGACCAGCCUCCAGAACAGGCCCUGGAAAUAACCGGUGGGGUCUCCUCCCACCGAAUAAAGGAUUAUCCAGGUUUUGGGAAUACCCUGAGCAGUGCAGCCCCUUUGUGGUUUUAGGAAUCCGCAGGGAAAAGCAGCCGGAGGUGUGGAAAAGGCAGCUCGGGUCAGGCUUGGAGAGCUGGAAUGGGGUUUCCUGGAGGCAGGAAUGUCAUCCCACAGGUUUGUAGGGUUGGGAGCAAACUGGUAGUGAAGUCUGGGACCAGUAGGAACUUCCACCAAGCUUUUAGUCCAGGGGAUGGAAUUUGCAUCCGUGACAUUCUCUGGAGCCACCUGUGGACACACACGGAGGUGAAGGGGCCAGAACUGUCCUGGGAGAACAAACAAGAGACAGAGACGCUCAGCAAGUUGCCAAAAUGGAGAAAAGAUCCUUAAAAAGGGUUUUUUUGGGGGGUAUUUUAAUUAAAUUAUGAUGAUGAACAGAAGUAUUUCUAAUAAAGGUGGUUUUGGAAAUCGGCCCAAGGUGGUGCUGGGACCUGAGGGUCGUGUUUGCUCCUGGACACUUGGAACUGUUGCGUCUUUUUCUGGAAGCUUACUCCCAGUUACACCUUUCCCAGAGGUUUUUUAGGAGCUUCUUUUGAGGUUUUGGUGGCUCAAGGGGAAAUUUCCUGCUGCUGUUUAACCGGGAUCCCUAAAUCCCAGCAGGGACCUGGAAUGUGGAACUGAACAGGGUGAAGGUUUCCUGGAAAAUGAGAGGCACGGUUUUCCUUCUGGGAAUCAUCUGGUUUUCCCUGGUGACAAAGCAGAGCUGCCUGAGUGAGGCUUAGAAAAGACCUGCUCUUUAGUCUUGACUUACAGCCUUGCUGAGCCUGGUCCAGCUUUGAUUAUCGUGGGGGUUUUGUGUGGUUUUUUGGAUUUCAGUGCUUUCUUCCCCCUCUUUUUGAAGCAGAAGAUGUUCAAACCCUCUCCAGAAUUCGCUGGUGAUUUGGGGAUAAUUCUGGUGAAAGGGCAAAGGGGGAGGAAUUGCACAGAAUUCCCAGUUUGGAAAGUUAAGGCUCAACAUCCCCUGAGCGCUUUUAUGAUGAUUGUUGUGUCUCUGAGUGUUCAGUCAGACGAUUCCUGACUCCAGGAAUGGAAGUUUUAGUUUGUUAAGAGCCAUAUCCUUGGGCUUCUCUGGGAAAGAGGGAGUAGAUCCACGCAAAAUUGGGAUUCUGUGUCAGGAUCAUCCAUAGGGAAAGUAAAAUAAAUAAAUCAAAGCUAAAUGAUGCUUCUGAAGGAAUUUGGUGUUGAAGCACCACAGAAAUAUCCCAUUUAGCUUUGGAAGUUGGGAUAUGACUUGUGCAGCAGCUCCAUUUUUAUAUUGUGGUGGAAAACAUGGAAUAAAGCAGCAUCUCCUGCGUAAUUCAGGAGAAUGAUCCCCCCUCUCCACGGAGCUGGAUGUGCACAGGGAAGGGGAGAUCCAAGGGAGCCCCAGGACAAGAGGGAACGGCCUCAAGUUGUGCCAGGGGAGGUUCAGGUUGGAUAGCUGGGAAAGUUCCAUCAUGGAAAGGGUGCCCAGGGCAGUGGUGGAGUCCUCGUGCCUGGAAGGAUUUAAAAUCCCUGUGGAUGUGGGCGCCGGGGGAUGUGGAUUUGUGGUGGCCUUGGCAGUGCUGGGAAUGGUUGGACUCGAUGAUCUCAGAGGACUUUUCCAACCCAAACGAUUCCCUGAUUUGUUGAGUGCUUGAAAUCCAGGGAUUGGUACAACACAGAGGGCCCUGUGGGGUGGGAGCAGCUCUGUCACCUCCAGGAGCUCUUGGAAUUGUCACUGUGUUGGCUGAAAUCCUGGUUUUGCUGCCCAUCUCUGGAUAGACACUGAUCCAGAAUCCCUGGUUCCGUGACAACCUCCUCCUGUGGAACGGACAAAACUGGUCUGAGCUGUUUGCUAUCUCCCAAAUCCAGGAAUCCAAGGAAGGACUGAUGGACUUUCCUGCUGUCUUGGUGGAUUUGGGUGUGUUUGGACUCUUGGUGCUGUUUGGUGGAGAGUCAAGCUCUGUAAAUGCUGCGAGGUUUAAUUGUUUAAUUUAAUUAAAUGUAAAUGACACCAGAA